CUAGGGCGGCUGACGAUCUAUUGGCAUUUGGGCGGGCGGAUUUCAAUAGUUUGGGCGCUAUACUGUACGGUGAAAAGAAGUUUCGGGUUUUUUUCAGUGUAGUGUACAAAAAGUAUUUUGUUUGUUGCUGUAUUUUUUGUGAAAAAGUUUGUUUCGUUUUUUGUGAUGGGUGCUGAUGAUAAAAAUGCUUUGGCUGCAGUGGAAUUUGAGGUCUAUGGGCAGGUUCAAGGUUGCUACUUCACAAAAUACUGCAAAGAGGUAGCCGAACAGUUGGGAGUCGGCGGUUGGGUGAAAAACUCCAAGAAAGGGACCAUUGUUGGCAAAAUUCAAGGCACUAAAGCACAGCUAGAUCACAUGAUUAAUUGGCUCAGCAACAGUGGGUCUCCAGGUUGCAAGAUAGAAAAAUGUGACCUCACCAAUUGGGAGUACGUCGCUAAGAUCGCGUACACUGACUUUACUAUACGGUUCUAGCUUUUAUUUUUAAUUAACUGCUAAUUUUGUAAGUUUAAGGUGUUCUUUUUGUAUAAUAAAAAUG